AUGGCUGAGCAUAAUUAUGGCGACCUCACAAAGACAGUCCAUUUUGAGGAAGAAAUCGUUCACAGAGCAUCAAAGGAGAACAUAACGGCAAAGAAUGAAAACCUCUCUAGUGUGUUGGUGUUCUUGUUCUAUGUUGCUACAACAACCGUUCUCGUAAUGCUCAUUGGAUUCUGGAUUCUCCUUAUGCGAAUCUAUCCUAUGACUUACGUGAUGCCGCUGAUUAUUGUAACACUUGCAGGCUAUCUUCUUCUAUUUGGAAACCUUGGUGUUGCUUGCCUGUGA